AUGGCUUCGCCGCCGGAAACCACACCCGUCGAGGUCAAGCCGACCCAAGUACACGCCCAACCUCAACCACAGCCGCAGCUGGAGAAGAGCGACGACACCACCUCGACAGAGGUGCCCACCCACGACCCCAUUGAUGAGAAGGCAUCAGUCGAUAGAGAUAGAGCCUUUGAUGAAAAGACACUUGACGACGGCGCAGCGGAGAAGCCCGUCGAGAAAAGUCAAGAUGAGCCAGCCGCGGAUGCAAACGCCAACGGCUCCGUCGAAGAUGAAUCCAUCUACCCCAAAGGCCUCAAGCUCACGCUCAUUCUCACUUCACUGUGCCUCGCGGUUUUCCUCGUCGCCCUCGACCAGACAAUCAUCGCCCCGGCCCUGGGCGCCAUCACGGCGCAGUACAACUCGGUCGGCGACAUCGGCUGGUACGGCUCUGCCUACCUCUUGACCACGACAGCGCUGCAGCCCCUCUAUGGUGCCAUUUAUAAGCAUUUCAACGUCAAGAUCGCCUUUCUCAUCGCCAUCUUCAUUUUCGAGGUCGGCAGCGUCGUCACCGCUGCCGCGCCCACCUCGACCGCUUUCAUCAUCGGUCGUGCGGUUGCUGGCAUCGGCACAGCUGGUCUGUUCUCCGGAUCCAUCGUCAUCCUGUCCUACACCAUGCCGUUGCCCGGCCCUCUUCUCGGCGGUGCCCUGACUGACCAUGCCACCUGGCGCUGGUGCUUCUACAUCAACCUGCCCAUCGGAGGCGUCGCCAUGGCCGUCAUCGUCUUCUUCCUGCAUCUGCCCAAGAAUUCGCACAAUCUGCAGGGCCUCACCGUCAAGGAACGUGUCAAGCGACUCGACAUAAUCGGUGCCCUCCUCUUCUUGCCGGCCAUCGUCUCCCUCCUGCUCGCCCUGCAGUGGGGCGGCAACAAGUACAAAUGGAAUGCUCCCACGACCAUUGGCCUGUUCGUCUGCUUCGCCGGCCUGCUCGUUCUCUUUGGCGUCGUUCAGCUGCGCAAGGGUCCCAACGGCACCCUGCCCCCUUGGCUUUUCCGAAAUCGCAAUGUCGUCUGCGCCAUGCUCUUCGCUUUUUGUUUUGGCGGUGCCUUCUUCCCGCUCAUCUACUAUCUCAGUCUGUACUUCCAAGCCGUGCAGGGCGUGUCGGCCGUCCAGGCCGGCAUCAAGAUUCUCCCACUGCUCCUCUCUGUCGUCCUGUCUUCCAUCGUCAGCGGCGCGCUCAUCUCCUGGCUCGGCUACUACAGCGCCGUCACGCUCCCCUGCCUCGCCCUCUUCGUCGCUGGCGCCGGCGCGCUGACGACUCUCGACGUCGGCACUGGUCUGCCGAAGUGGUUCGGCUUCCAGGUUCUCGCCGGCCUCGGCGUCGGCCCAGGCUUCCAACUCGGCGUCCUUGUCGUGCAGACGGUGCUCAAGCUCGAAGAUGUGCCAGUAGCCACGGCCUGCGUGCAGUUCUUCCAGGCCCUCGGCGGCGCAGUCAUGAUCGCCGUCGCGCAGUCACUGUUCCAGACGGGGCUCAUGGACGGCGUCCGCAAGAACGUGCCGGGCAUCGAGCCGCGCAUCUUCAUCAACUCUGGAGCUGAUCAGGUGCGGGAGCUUCUCGAGAGAUUGGGAAGGGAGGAUGCGCUGGGCGACGUUCUCGAUGCGUACAUGGUCGGACUCCGGGAUACGUUCUACGUCACUCUCGCGUGUGCGGCUGUUGCUUUUGUGGCGUGCGCUGGUUUGGAGUGGAAGAGCGUCAAGAAGGAUGGAAAUGGGGCAGCCGCUGUGGCCGCCGUCUAG